AUGUCAUCCUUCUUUGGACUCUCCAAGACGCGCACGUUCAAGCCCAAGCGCAACAUCCCCGAGGGCACCAAGCAGUAUCAGCUCAAGCGGUAUGCCGAGGCUACGCUGGGGAGCGGCAACCUGCGACUGGCGGUGGUGCUGCCCGAGGGUGAGGACCUCAACGAGUGGUUCGCCGUCAACACGGUCGACUUUUUCAACCACAUCAACAUGCUCUACGGCACCAUCACCGAGUUCUGCACGCCGUCGGAAUGUCCGGUCAUGUGCGCCGGAUCGCGCUUCGAGUACCACUGGCAGGACGCCAAUUCGGCACUCUACCGACGCCCCACCAAGAUGUCUGCGCCCGAAUACGUCGACUGCCUCAUGAACUGGGUGCAGUCGCAGCUCGACGACGAGUCGCUCUUCCCCAGCAAAGUGGGCGUCGCUUUCCCCAACAACUUUGCUGCCGUGGUCAAGUCGAUCCUACGACGCCUCUUCCGCGUGUAUGCGCACAUCUACAACCACCACUUUGCCCAGGUGUGUGCGUUGAGCAUCGAGGCCCACCUCAACACCUCCUACCGCCACUUUUUGCUCUUCAUCACCGAGUUCCACCUCGUAGAGCCUCGAGAACUCGCCCCGCUCGUCGAGCUCAACGACGCCAUCCUCGGCGAGGCGUGA